GUCAACAACAGCCGCUGUGUGUGUGCGUGCGGCGGUAGUAACGCCGCAGCAGGGACGGAGCCGGAGUGUGUUGUCUUGGAUCGCAGCCCCGCAGACAGCCAGCGCCGACCGGAGGGCAGCAGUCAGCAGGGGCCUGUGGAAAAGAUGGCGGAUGUAGAGAGCGAUGAAACGCGGGCGGCUCUCCCUUCGGCAUCCCACCACAACGGCCCGGUGGCGGCGACCGCACCGGCGGCGGGCACCGCGGGCCUCAGCCCGGCUACUGUGACGUCGGGUCCGCGGAUGGUGCGGAUAGUCAAGUCCGAGUCGGGCUACGGCUUCAACGUCCGCGGGCAGGUCAGCGAAGGCGGCCAGCUGCGGAGCAUCAACGGGGAACUGUACGCUCCUCUCCAGCACGUCAGCGCCGUGCUGCCCGGCGGGGCUGCGGACCGGGCGGGCAUCGCGAAGGGCGACCGGAUCCUGGAAGUCAACGGCGUGAGCGUGGAGGGCGCCACCCACAAGCAGGUGGUGGACCUGAUCCGCACGGGCGAGAAGGAGCUGGUCCUGGCCGUGCUGUCGGUCCCGCCGCAGGAGGCCGACGGCCUGGAGGGCGGCGACGACGUCCAGCCCAACUACGACUACGGCGACAAGCAGGCCGUGCCCAUCUCCAUCCCCACGUACAAGCACGUGGAGCAGCACUCCGAAAGGUUUGUGGUAUACAACGUGUACAUGUCGGGCCGGCAGCUGUGCUCCAAGCGCUACCGGGAGUUCGCCAUCCUCCACCAGAACCUGAAGCGCGAGUUCUCCAACUUCAGCUUCCCCAAGCUGCCCGGCAAGUGGCCCUUCUCGCUGUCCGAGCAGCAGCUGGAUGCCCGCCGCCGCGGACUGGAGGAAUACCUGGAGCGAGUUUGUUCUGUAAGGGUGAUCGGGGAGAGCGACAUCAUGCAGGAGUUUCUCUCGGAAUCAGACGAGAACUACAACGGCGUGACGGACGUGGAGCUGCGAGUGGCGCUGCCCGACAAGAGCGGCAUCUCCGUCAGGGUGCGCAAGAACAGCACCACGGACCAAGUUUACCAGGCGUUGGUGGUGAAGGUUGGAAUGGACAGUAUUAUGGCCAGCUACUUUGCACUGUUCGAAGUGAUCAAUCACACAUUUGUGCGAAAGCUGGCGCCCAACGAGUUCCCGCACAAGCUUUACGUGCAGAACUACACUUCCGCCGUGCCGGGCACUUGCUUGUCGCUGCGCAAGUGGCUCUUCAGCUUCCAGGAGGAGGAGCUGCUCCGAGACAACCCGCUGGCCCUGCACUACUGCUUUCACCAGGCACUGGAUGAUGUGAAGAAGGGAUUCAUAAAAACAGAGGACAAAUCCUACCAGCUGCAGAAGCUGGCAGAGCAGCGCAAGAUGGCCACGUACCUGAGCCAGCUGCGCUCGUGCGAGGGCUACAACGAGGUGGCUUUCCCGCACUGUUCCUGCGACUCCCGGAGGAAGGGCCACGUCGUGACGGCCAUCGGCAUCCAUCACUUCAAGCUGCACGCCUGCACCGAGGACGGCACGCUGGAGAACCAGGUGAUCGCAUUUGAGUGGGGCGAGAUGCAGCGCUGGGACACGGACGAGGAGGGCAUGGCCUUCUGCUUCGAGUACGCCCGAGGGGAGAAGAAGCCUCGCUGGGUCAAGAUCUUCACUCCAUACUUCAACUACAUGCACGAGUGCUUCGAGCGGGUCUUUUGUGAGCUCAAGUGGAGGAAGCAGGUUGAGGAAGAGGCUUCUGAUAAAGACAACAAAAACUGCAGCAACAACGAGUAUCUGCCGCCUAUGGAGACGCAGCAGAAGGGAUGGCGCCACCUAGGGGGAGAGAUCGCCACAUCCUAAACAGACGCAAAGCCGCAAACCCGUCCCGCACUGAACUGUUCCACUCGCAUCGUCGCACCCGCCCCGAGAGCGCGCCCAUCGAUCACACCAGGUCUCGCGAGACGGGCAGAGGCAGUCGGCACCCCCGGCGAAAGAUCAAACUGGGAUUUAAAAUUUUUUUUUUGCAGGAGGGGGCAGAGAAAUAUGAAUAUGUCACACAUUAAGCUAGGGAUACGUACCAAGGCGAGCGAUGAAGGGAAGUCCGCUUUCAUUUCAUUCCAUCGGCUCUCCAUACUGUGUGUCUGUGAGACGCUUCCCCGGCAUACGAGCCGCCAACACGUCCGUUGGGAGCACGUGCCGGAAACGGGACUUCGGAGGGCGGGCGGGCGAUUUGAUACGCUCGGCCUGGAGCGAGCCCACGGCCAACUCAGCAAAAGGGACAGUAAUGGACAAAGGGACGGCGGAGAGAAAAAUAAAUGGCGUGUUUUCGCUCCCGAAAGAUGCAAAGUCUGAUGCUGGACAUGAACAAAAAAGUUUUCUAUUAGUGGGGUGUGUUUUUUUUUUUGUUGUUGUUCGCUGUCGUUUUUGUCCGAAAACACACGGGACACAAAAUGUAACUGUUAUAAUUGUGUGUAUGUUUAACAAGCCUUUUUUCCUGAUCAAAUAUAGAUUAAUAUAAGAGCUAUAAUAAUUGAUUUAUUGGUUUAACAUCAAUUGUAUGGAAAGACGUUUGAGCAUUUAUUUGAUAAACUUGAUGUCCUGCUUACGGGCCAUGUACUAGUACGCAAUUUUUCCUCACUAUUUUGACAAUUCAGCACACUAGUAGAACAACUGUCUUACUAGUAACAUUUUUUUCAUGACUAGUGCCCCUUUUGGCCUACUAGUGCACAUUAAACCUUAGUGGUAAACUACUGUCCUGCACGACUGGGCUCAACUUUCACUUGUAAAGCGCUUUGCUAACUUAAAGGUACUCAAAGCACUUUAAACUAGUAGUCAUGUGUCAUGCACUAGUAGCCUCCAGGAUUCUACUAGCACCAAAAUGCCCCCUGAAUAGUUUUGCCUCAGUUGUAACGUAGUUAUCCAGAAAAGUCACACAGUAGUGGAAAAAUUGUUACAUGUAAGACAGUCGGUCGCUCGUUUUACGAGUGUGGUGAAUUGUCUUACUAGUGAGGACCGAGAGCUUACUAGUACACUGAUCUUAAGAUCGAUAUGAAGCACAUCAAAUCAAUGCUCAAAUAUCUUUCCAUGCAAUUGAAUUGGAGGGGUCUCCGUUUGUUGUGUUCAUGCAAAAUAGUGACGUGUUAUGUCCUGCAGUUCUCUCAAUGGACACUAGAGGGCAGCAGGUGCCAGUGUGCGAAUGUGACCCGCCGGGGGAGUGGCGAGUUGGUGGCAACAUUAAGCAGGAGGUGUGUAUGAGUGUGUCUAACUAACUGAGCAGUGACAGCCUGCCGUCGCGUUCAUUUGCCGCAGUAUUUGUCGGGUUUUUUUUGGUUGUUUUUUCUUAAACUUUUUUUUUUUUUUUUUUUUUUUUUUACUAGUACUUCUUAACCUGAAUAGUUGAGGUUAUUCCACACGAAAGGGCUGGAUGUUGUGUUUCAGCCAAGUUCGUGAGUGCAGGUUUGACCACUUUGUCGAUUUGUUGGGUGAGUGAUGACGAAAGAGGUGUUGUGUGUGAUUGUUAUCUUUUUAUUUUUUUGGCGGUGUGGGGGGGGGGGGGG